AUGGCGCCGCCAUCAGAGCUUGUCGGGGUGUGGCGGGGUGACAGUAGAACUGUCGGAGCGGAAGAGAAGCGCAAGAACAUCACAGAGAACGGGAACAUCACAGAGAACGGGAACAUCACAGAGAACGGGAACAUCACAGAGAACGGGAACAUCACAAAGAACGGGAACAUAACAGAGAACGGGAACAUCACAGAGAACGGGAACAUAACAGAGAACGGGAACAUCACAGAGAACGGGAACAUAACAGAGAACGGGAACAUCACAGAGAACGGGAACAUAACAGAGAACGGGAACAUAACAGAGAACGGGAACAUCACAGAGAACGGGAACAUCACAGAGAACGGGAACAUCACAGAGAACGGGAACAUCACAGAGCACGGGAACAUCACAGAGCACGGGAACAUCACAGAGAACGGGAACAUCACAGAGAACGGGAACAUCACAGAGAACGGGAACAUCACAGAGAACGGGAACAUCACAGAGAACGGGAACAUCACACAGAACGGGAACAUCACAGAGCACGGGAACAUCACAGAGCACGGGAACAUCACAGAGAACGGGAACAUUACAGAGAACGGGAACAUCAUAGAGAACGGGAACAUGAGACAGGAGGCUGGCGCAACAGUCCACAUAAAGAGGUGA